CCUUCAAUUGCUGGGGUUUCAUGCGAUUUCGGAGGAUUUUUUCCUGUUUCUUGCAAUGAUUGAGUGAAACUCGAAUUAAAGUCAAUGGUGUGACGUCUGGAUGAUAGUGCGUGAGCUAAAAUGACAUCGAGGAGCAAGAAUGCGGUGCGCAGUUACGAAACAGAGAUCGAGAAGAGCCGUGAGGAAUCCAACUGGAAGAAGGCUGUGGAUUUAGCUCAGCAGCUGAAGUCCAGGUCUCCUCAGCAUGAAAGCCUCGCACACUUCCUCAUCGGGGAAGGCAAGCUGGAAGCGUACCUGGACGAAUGGCCUCCAAACAAGGAGAACAUCGAGCGAGCCCAACGGGAACUCUCCGAAGCUCGGGGCUACCUGACACUGGCCACCGAUGAGGCGGGCCGGAAGGCCGGAGUGGCUCUCGAUGCGUACCUGUUGCUUGGGAAGCUGAACUAUGCCUGCGGGGCGUACGAUGAGGCGUUGAAAAACUAUAAAAUGGCAGAGUUGAAUACGCUGACAGAGAAGGAGCUACCUAUUCGGAGUUUACGAAUAGUCGCCGAGUCGUACGCCAUCAAGGGGCUCUGUUUAGAGCAAACAGCGCUACCGGGCAGCAGUCGGUAUAAGCAGGCAGAGCGAGAGAGCGAAAUGAUUCGGAGUUUCGAGUUAGCAUCAGAGCUGACAUUGUUAUACCUCCAACGAGGCACGACAACCGUCAGCGCGGGGGCGACACUCGAGACAGCGCUACAGCGCGUCCCGCUUCUACACAUACGAGCCCAGCGCUUACACAGCGCACGAGACAGGUAUCGAGUAAUGCUGACAGCGGUGGAGGCGGCGUCAACGCAAGCGUUGCGGUUAGCGCUCGCCAGGCAGCUUGCGGAGCUACUCAUGCGGGGCUUGGCUGGACAGGAGUAUCGUGCGCCCGAGCCUGCGCCCACGCCUGGCAGUGGUACGGGAGGGACGUUACGGAGAAGAGAGGACUACGUCAGUGAAGGCCCGUGGAAACCCAAGAGAUACGCUGCAAUCAAUCAGUUCGUCCCUCGUAACGAGUACGAGGAGAUAAUCCUCCUGCUGCUGGUGGGCGAGGCGAUGGCGGUGCGCGACGCCGUGCUGUCGCAGAGCGCGGAGUUCGAGGCGGCGCGCACGCACGCGCUCGCCAACGCCGUCGCCGUCGCCGACCUACUCGCGCUCGCCGGCACGAGGUGGGGGCAGCUGUGUCUCGUCUUAGAGUCCCUAGAGCGAGCGAUGAAGUUUUCCUUCGGCAUGGCGCAUGUGUGGAGACAGCGCGCGCUCGCCACGGCGGCCGCCGCGCCCACGCCGCCCGUGCAGCUGUGCCACGCGCCGCAACACAUCUCACCGGGCAGCACGGCGUGGACAGCGGGCGUGCGAGCUCACGCGGUGAUGAAGCGUGCAGCGCCGCUUGUUCCUCAAGAUGCGGCUUUGAGGCUACUCGGUGCGGAUACGUGUUACAGAAGCGGAUGGAUAGAAGACGGAAUAGAGUUAGCGGAGCAGGCGCUAGCGAUAGAGCAGGAACAGAACGGCCCAUUGUUAGCGCGCUGCUGUCUCUACUGCGGCAUCGGCUACCAAAUGAUGGCCCAGAGAACGAAUUCUCGCGUGGACAAAGACGCGGCGAACGAGAAAUGCCUAAAACUGCUACUCCGGUCGGUGACGUUGGACGACAACGACCACUUGGCGUUCUACCAUCUGGCGGUCGCGUACAUGCAGCAGGGCAGGCUCAACGAUGCCAUGGACGCGACUCGAGCGUGUUUAAACGCGCAUUCCGAAAGCGGUGGCGGCCUCCGUCUAGCCACUGCUCUGUGGUCGUGCGCGGCCGCCGGCCCGCGCGGCGCCAGAGCGCUAGCGGCCGCCAGGUUGGCUAGAGCCCGAUACCCUAGCGCGCUCUGGCCUUUGUGGGCGCUGUGUGCCUUGCAGUUAGUUUGGGAGAGUGGAGAGGCCGCGUUAGCGACCGGGAAGGAGUUGCUCACGCUGCUGAACUGCGCGGAAGCGGAGGCGGAAGCGGAAGCGGAGGAGCGGAACGGGUACGCGGAGCUCGACGCUCUGUCAGACUCAGGACAGACGGACCUGCAUAGCAACACGCAUGCGCCGUCGGUGAGGGCAGAGUCUGCGGGCGCGUACCGCGUGGAGCGCGCGCUGUCGGAGGGCGCGUCGUCCGCGUCGGCCGCGCGCGGCAAGCGUGUCGAACGAGGAUCUACCUACCGCGCGUGUGUAAAAAAAUAA